CCCGUUUUGGCCUGACGGGCCCGAACUGCCAUUUCCAAUCCGACCUGGGGACCUGGGAAGUUUUGUUGACCGACAUCUCUUCCUUCCCUCCCCCCAAAACCAAGAGCGACCUGAAGAGUCAAACUGUCAAUCAAUCCAUCCUUACGGCGACAUCAAGACCCGAUCGAGGCAUAUUCUUUGACGCUGCUCUUGACCACUGCGACCGAGAAACUGCAUCCCCAGUUUUUUCCACCCAUACAACAAGGCGACAAACCUCUGGCGACCAGGCUUCCUAGCCCCAUCUCCCCCAUUCCCCGUCCCCGGCGACCCAAAGGCGAAAAAAAAUCCACUGUCGUGGUCUCCUCCCUCAACCCCGUGCUUCCCGCCCUCGAACUGCACACGGCAAACAGGCGAUCAACCCCUCCCCGAGGCGACGACGGUUCAUCUCCAGAGAACCACAGCGAGAGGUAAAACUUCCACGCGAUUCACCCUGCAGCGAACCGCCCCUGCGGCAAGGCGAUCCACUCCUGCCUCCCCCCGCUGCUUCUGCCGCUGAAGCUGAAGCUGAAGCUGUCGCUGUCGCUGUCUUGACGCGACACCCCAAGGCUUCUGGCACCACACAAAGCCUCGUAACCAGUCGACUCCCCCUCAGACCAACUUCAUCUGGCCCUCAUCACCGUCUGCGACACAACACGCCCGCCGCAGACGCUUUCAUUUUUGAAAGCCUACCACAGCUGAGAUCACUUCCAAACAACACGAGAAGUGCAUCAAACCACUGGACUGCCUGACUGCGUGAAACCACGUCCGGCCGCAGCGCACACCAUCCCCUCCGGCGCGUCCGCUCCUCCUCCCUCCUCUGCCCCCUCCCGCCAGCUCCUGGCGGCCCUCCGACACCACCAUGGCAGAUCAACAUGAUGUUGAUUUGGACUCUAUAAUCGACCGGCUCCUGGAGGUCCGCGGCAGCCGUCCGGGCAAGCAGGUCCAGCUGCUCGAGGCCGAGAUUCGAUACCUUUGCACCAAGGCCCGCGAGAUCUUCAUCUCCCAGCCCAUCCUGCUCGAGCUCGAGGCUCCUAUCAAGAUCUGCGGCGACAUCCACGGUCAAUACUAUGACCUCCUGCGUCUGUUCGAAUACGGCGGUUUCCCCCCAGAGGCAAACUACCUGUUCCUUGGUGACUACGUCGACCGUGGCAAGCAAUCUCUAGAGACCAUCUGCCUUCUCCUGGCAUACAAGAUCAAGUAUCCCGAGAACUUCUUCAUCCUGCGUGGCAACCACGAGUGCGCCUCCAUUAACCGCAUCUAUGGUUUCUACGAUGAGUGCAAGCGCCGGUACAACAUCAAGUUGUGGAAGACAUUUACGGACUGCUUCAACUGCCUGCCUAUCGCAGCCAUCAUCGACGAGAAGAUCUUCACCAUGCACGGCGGUCUCAGCCCCGAUUUGAACUCAAUGGAGCAGAUCCGCCGUGUCAUGCGACCAACUGACAUCCCUGACUGCGGCCUGCUCUGUGAUCUCCUGUGGUCCGACCCCGACAAGGAUAUCACUGGCUGGAGCGAAAACGACCGAGGCGUCAGCUUCACCUUCGGUCCUGACGUCGUUUCCCGCUUCCUGCAAAAACAUGACAUGGAUCUCAUCUGCCGUGCCCAUCAAGUGGUCGAGGACGGAUACGAGUUCUUCUCCAAACGCCAGCUCGUCACCUUGUUUAGCGCACCGAACUACUGUGGGGAGUUUGACAAUGCGGGUGCCAUGAUGAGUGUCGACGAGAGUUUGCUCUGCUCGUUCCAGAUUCUCAAACCCGCUGAAAAGAAACAAAAGUUCGGACGACGAUGAUUGCUUCAUCCUUGAAGUGCCCGACGACACUUUUAUCUUGACCCCCAUCACAGGCGGAACUUUGCUGGAAACCCCGUGCCAGAACAAGGCCCUCUACCCCAGGUUCUCCUCGUACCGAACCCUCGCCUCGAAGUACAUACCGACCUCCGCGUCGACAAAGCGCCAUGGCCUGACCCGCUCGAUUAGCCCAGGAGGGACUUCCGCCUGCUCAACCGGCUCCCACGGUUGCAGUCUUUGAAGGGCCCCGACAUUGUCGAAUAUGUAUUAAUGAUAGUCUUUCGCUUCACCUCAUUCUAAAGAUGAACGGCGGCCACAGUCUAUCAUCAAGUGCACCAAAGUCCUUACAGCUCCUGACUAUCAUGCCGACAACUAAUUGACGCCUGCCUUCUGCAAUUUUGGUACAGGACGUCCCCGAUCACCUGGAUCCGUCCUCGUCUAGUUGCAGCCGAAGCGGGGUGGCAAGGCCGUUCUUUUUCCCUGGUCGACGUCGUGGGAAUACGGAUGGAUGGCUGUGGAGCGAUGCUCCUACAAAAACUCUUUGAAACCGAGAUCGGUAGUAAGGGGGAUACUGUGUGUCCUUAUAAUGAAGGGGGCCCGUUUUGAUACGUGGGCGGUUGACAGCGGAUGGUUCGGUUGUGCCGGGCCGGUCGGGUCAGGUCGGAUCACUAAACGAGGAGAAAAAGGGGGGAGGAAGAGGGAUUUCCUUAAUCGCCAUGUUUAAGUAUUGUUACUUGUCGAGUUUGCGGUUUCUUGCUGAUUUGACCUGGCCGCGUCUGUUUGUGAUUGUUCGUGACGGAGUCCCGUGUCAGGCGUUUCCGCCUUGCAGCCCUCUUUCGAAAUCUUAGAGACCGUCAGCGCCUGGCCUUCAUGGGGGUGGUUGUUUGGGCCAGGCCACCGCGGUUGCCAGGCUGGAGAUGGAAAAGCCCUCGACCAAACAGAGUAUCCCACUUCCUCGUCCGGACAGUCGUGACGAUAUACGAUACAAUGACUAUUCCACACAUGUCCCACAUGAUCGAGUCCAAUAGGAUGAAGUAGUAAACCGGCGUGUGUACCGAGCCAGCCAGCCAGCCAGCCAGCCAGCCAGAGCCUUGUGUUGACGAAGAAAGACCCCGAAGCCGCGCGGCGACUAUGCCAGCCACAAGAAGCAAGUAGGCAUUGCGGAAAACCGUGCCCCCUGGUGAAGACUCCCAUGCCCGGCCGAAUGCAUAUUUGACCAGUUAGGUUAGGUAGGUACUGGUGAAGAACCACCCAGAUAGAUCGCCGCCUGAACGUCUCCUCGUCGUCGUCGUCGUCGUCGUCACCCACUUGCAACCCAGGGCGCCCCCACCCACCACCGGCUUAGUCGCAGUCCUCGCACUCCUUCUUGCUCUCGCACGAGGCAGCUGCGGCAGUCGCCUCCGCGGCGGCCUCGCUCGCCCCCGGGUAGCCCGCGCCCGCGGGCCCCGCGGCCUCGAGCUCGGCCCUGGACGGCUUGGCCUUGUGGGGUUGCCGGGCGUCCGCCGCCGCGGCGGCUGCCACCUUUGUUGAAUCACUGGUGGUGGCAGUCGCAGUGGCGGUAGUAGUAGUAGCAGUAGCAGCACCAGAAGUAGUGGGACCCGGCCUCGCGUGGUCCCUGUCGACGUGCCCGAGGUCGCGGCCCGGCUCGAUGACGUCCCUCACGCGGCGCUUCAGCUCCUUGGUCUCGGGGAAGCCGCCGUCUGUCUUGCGGUCCCAGAGGACCUUUCGGGCCGGGGAGGCGAUGGCCCCUCCCCCGUCACCCGGUUGUUGUGGGGUUGAGGUGGAGGA